CAUUUUUUCCUGCCUUUCCACUGAUUUCCUUUUUAUUGUUGUUACUAGUUACUUAUUGAUAUUAUUGAUACUAUGAUGGUGGUGACUGUGAUGAUGUGUUGCUGAUGGUGGUGAUUUUAAAAAAAAGAAAUGACUGCUGAUUUUUAACCGGAUGAAAAUGGAGUUUUUCUGAGUGGUCCUAUCUGACUCUGGGUUUUUAACCCUUUGGGUGUGAAAAAUACAACAAGGUUUUUAAAAACGCAUUUUUUUAAAAAAAGAAAGUGGAUUGAUCACGUUAACUCUUUUUUUCCCUCCCUUUCUGAUCGCCUGGCUGCCAAGAAUGGAACCCGAUUUCUCUCCAGAACUUGUUUGAAUAUUUCAGGAAGUUCCUACACUUUUUAUUAUUAUUAUUAUUUUUAAUUUUUUAUUUUUAACAUUUUAUUUCUGUGCAAUUUUUCAACUGUUGCUGCAAUGUGUCUGUGGUGCUGAUCGCUCCCUCGCAGCGACAGCCUUUUCCCCAACAGACCCCUCCUCCCCCUGGUUUCCCCCUCACCUCUCGUGCCCUUCAGUUCCCACCCUGGUCUUUUCUUCCACACCGCCCCACCCUUGCAAUCACCGCCAUGGACGCCCAGGCUGGAAUAGCAGAGGCAGCUACCGGUGGAGCCUCACAUGGAGCAGAAACAAGCCCAUCUGGGCUGAUGGUCUGCAUCUCUGCUGUCUAUGCAAGCCAUGGCCAGCAACGUUACCAACAAGACGGAUCCUCGAUCCCUGAAUUCUCGGGUCUUCAUUGGGAACCUCAACACCCUGGUGGUGAAGAAGUCAGAUGUGGAGGCCAUCUUCUCCAAGUACGGCAAGAUAGUUGGCUGCUCCGUGCACAAGGGCUUUGCCUUUGUGCAAUACGUGAACGAGCGCAAUGCUCGGGCUGCUGUGGCAGGAGAAGAUGGCAGAAUGAUUGCAGGCCAGGUCCUAGAUAUCAACCUGGCUGCUGAGCCGAAGUUGAACCGGGGCAAAACUGGGGUGAAGAGAUCGGCCACAGAGAUGUACGGGUCAGUAGCCGCACCACCUUCUCCGUCCCCUCUAGUCAGGUCAUCUUUUGAACUGGAUUAUGACUUUCAGCGAGACUAUUAUGACAGGAUGUACAGCUACCAGGCCCGGGUGCCGCCUCCGCCUCCCAUCGCCAGGGCCGUGGUCCCCUCCAAGCGGCAACGGGUCUCGGGAAACACCUCCCGCCGAGGGAAGAGCGGGUUCAACUCAAAGAGCGGGCAGCGCGGGUCGUCCUCCAAGUCUGGGAAGUUGAAAGGGGAUGACCUGCAGACAAUUAAGAAGGAGCUGACCCAGAUUAAGCAGAAAGUGGAUUCCCUGCUGGAAAGCCUGGAGAAGAUAGAGAAAGAUCAAAAACUGAAGAAUGACAAGUCAGAGGAGGAGCAGAGCAGCAGCUCUGCCAAGAAAGAAGAGAGCAACGUCAAGAUGGAAUCCGAAGCAGGGGCGGACGACUCCGCUGAGGAAGGGGACCUGCUGGACGACGACGAUAACGAAGACCGGGGAGACGACCAGCUGGAGUCCAUUAAGGGGGACGACAAGGAGCCCGAAGAAGGUGAAGACGACAGAGACAGCGCCAACGGUGAAGACGACUCCUAAGAGCCCCACACACCGCUCCUCUCCUCCUCCUCCUCCCUGGCAAAAAACACAGCGUUCUUCUGAUAUUGAGCCUCUCACCAGCCCCUUGCCGGCUGCCGCCACCUCCUCAUGACCCUCCUUCCUUCCUUUUUCCGCCCUGUGUGUUCAUGACGUGGUGUCUUCUGUUGCAUCUCUCCUUCCCCUGGCCCAUGUCCCUCUGGCCCUUUCUGCCCAGUAGUUCGGUUCAGUCCCCUGUAAUUUCUCCUCUUUUAAUUUUGAUACCUCUUUAUUGACUUAACAAUUAAAAAUGACGUAUUGUUUUUAGAA